UGCGCAAGUUAUCACAAUUCAACGGUGCCUCAUGGCGAGCUGAAUGCGGCGCUAGAAGUUCCGGAACAAUGGGAGACAACAGCUUUGCCCAUAAGGGUAACGCUCGGGACACUGGGCAGAGGUCGGCCUAUGGUUCCACAACAGAUUUUGAAAUCACAGUUCAGCCCCAGACGAAGAGGCGGCGAUGUUUCCCAUGCCUCCCUGAUGAUGUUUGGAACGAGUUGAAAGAGGUGUUCAAUCUCUCGUCAACAAUGAUUUUGAUAUCUCUCUCAUUUGUACUGAUGGCGCCGAUCAGUUUGGCCUUCGUUGGACGCCUUGGUACCACCUAUCUUGAUGCUGUUGGACUUGGAAACACGAUGUUCAACAUAACAUGUUACACAAUUGGAAAUGGCCUUGGGUCUGGUUGUGACACAGUCUUUGCACAGUCGUAUGGCAGCACAAAUAAAAAGAUGGUCGGGAUAUACGUGCAGCGAAGUUUUUAUGUACUCAUGCUGUUUAGUAUUCCGUGCAUGGCUGUUCAGCUCAAUAUGGAGGGAAUUUUGAGACUCAUGGGACAAGAUGAGGAAAUAGCGAAGCUAACAGGAGAUUACAUCACUAUGCUAAUCCCAGCUGUACCGGCGAACUUCCUUUAUGUGAUUAUCGGACGAUACCUUCGAAACCAGAAUAUCUUACUUCCCGUUGCCUUGGCAGGGCUGAGUGGUGUCGGGGCCAGUGCGCUCUUCCAUUAUAUAUUCGUCACCAACAUGAACCUGGGGAUACUUGGCUCAGCCUACGCCCAAUGCAUCGGGUUCUACAUCCAGCCGACGAUACUGAUAGUGUAUACUGUGACAACCAAGGUGUACCGAACGACUUGGAACGGUUUGAGCAAGGAAGGUUUCCAAGGUUGGGGAAUGUUCACCGGAAUUGCAGUUGCCGGACUCCUCAACGCCUGUUUCCAGUGGUGGGCAUUUGAGUUGGGCACCAUCUUGAGUGGGCUGAUCAGCGACGUACAGCUGGGGGCUCAGGCGAUAUUGUUCCAAGUCGAAGCUUUUACCUUUACGGCGCCUAUUGCUGUUGGAAUCUCUGGUAACAUCAGGGUCGGACAACACCUUGGUGCAAUGAGAACAGAUUUAGCCAAACGAGCUAUAUAUGUGACAUUUUGUUUUGUGUGGUGUAUUGGUGUCGUCACGAUAGUAUUGAUGCUGUCUUUGAAAGAUUAUAUUCCGUUUGCCUUCUCAAAUGAUCCCGAGGUGGUUAAUUCAGCGGCAAAUGUCAUUCCGAUCCUUGCUCUUUAUCAUAUUUUUGAUGGGACAUGCGCGGCAGCUGGAGGCAUAUUGAGAGGUUAUGGGAAGCAGAGAGUUGCCGCUAUUAUCGUGUUCGUGGGUGUGUAUCUUGUCGGCCUACCAGUCGGCAUUCCACUGAUGUUCAUGACAGAUCUAUUGUCGGCAGGGUACUGGUGGGGUCUUACCAUAGCUUUAGUUGUUGAAACCCUUCCAUUUAUGAUCUACAUCUAUCGGACAGACUUUGACAAAGAAGCACAACUAGCGCAGAUACGAGCUGGUGUAAAAGUCGAACACUCCAAGCUGCGCACAGACAAACACGAGAACGUGGGUGAAGAAGAGAGCAUCUUGGGUCUGGGAAGUCUUGAGGAGGAAAAGCGAAAGCUGAUCGACUCCGAACCUAAGACAAGGUCAAGGUCAGGGGCAAGGUCAAGGUCAGGGUCACGUCUCCCAUAUGAGCGGAAGUACUGUGGAGAAUACGUCAGCAGCCAGAUAGAUAUCCGUGCAGCGUCUUCGGCAAUGGUGACAACCCUCACUACGAAGGAAUUGAUAUUUCGGCGCAGUCUGACGCUUCUGUUGGUGUUGCUUAUAAUGGGGAUUGGCAUUUUCUGUAAAUUUCAUUUCGUUUUCGAGCUAACACCCAAGCCGUGGACAGAACUUUGUGUGUUCUACAAUGGGACUAUCAAUAAUUCGACAGUGACGAAUUUGACCGAUAUUGUGACUGCAAACGUGAGUCUCCCUCUGUGUAACUUAACUGCGUUGACUUGAAAAAAGAUGAAGUUUUCUAACACAGAAAGUACUCGGCGGUCACUGGAGGUGACCAGUGGUUUUGCAAAUGAUGUUAUCUUUCGCAGCUACCAUAAAUCUGGGGAAAUUCCGGACUACACAGAAGAAGACAGCAGACAGUCAUACUGUGAAAGCAUUUUUUUGUUGCCAGACUUCAUCUUGUUUGCUUAAUCACUCGUAGGCAUACGACGUUCAAAUUCCUCCAUCUCCACACGGGUGCCCUGCUUUGUGCUCAGCUGACAAACCGUUCUUACUUCGACAGAUUAACUUCUACCUUUAAUGUAGGAGUCAGUGCAUAAGGAGCUUUACCUGUUCGAUGAGCCCUUUUACAUCGUUACGAGUACUAUACAGCACAAUGCUGUACCACCGACCCUUUGUCAUGUUGAGUCAACAAACAGUUGUGAUUCCGAUGAGUAUCAAAAUUUGUGUUCAAGAGAUAUGUCAGAGUACAGACGUAUCAUGCGAUAUCAUUUGACUUUUUGAAAGAAAUGUCCGAUUGAGAACGCUUUUGAAAAAAGGCAAUGUUUAAAAAAGAUUAAUGUUGUGAAAUAAAU